GGUGAGUUCGUUCCUUUCUCUCGAUUAUAUACCUGUAUUCAUUUGUUUCUUGCGUAAUUUUGGUACUUUGAUCGUGUUUUUGUUCAUCUUUUUCGACUCACAUUUCGAGAGUGGCAUCUGAGUCGUUUCACAGCGUAAACAUGCUUACUUUGGCUGUUCCAAAUUUCAUGGAACACAGCCAGAGGUUUGGUUUAAGAUAUUCGAGAUCGAACUGGAAAAUAAGGGCAUUACGGCGGACCGUCCGAGGUACAAUCAGCUCGUCCCACGCCUUCCUUCGUCGGUUGUGACGCUGGUUGAGGACAUUCUACUCUGCCCAUCGAAUGAGGCAAAGUAUGAAACAAUGAAGCAAGCGAUUUUAAAAGAGUUACAGCCCAGCGCAUGAACUCGAUUUGAACAGCUCAAUGGUCUCAAGCUUGGAGAUCGCAAGCCGUCGGCGUUGCUCCGCGAACUUCAGCGCAUCGCUGGUCCCUUAUUCUUGAGCGAAGAAGGGAUAAAGGAGCUGUGGUUUGCACGUCUCCCAGAGCCAUUGCCGGUAAUGCUGUCCAUGUUUAUAGAUACACCCCUGAAAGAAUUAGCUACCAAGGCAGACGCUGCGUUCGAACGGUUUCCGCAGCAGACGACCAGUAGCUCCGGUGACGUAUUCUCACCGAUGAAAACCGAAUCUCAUGUUUGUUCCCAGUCGUUAGGCCGAUCUGACUCUAAAGACGAGGAAAUUGCGCUACUUCGCAGCAGGAUAGCAGCAAUGAAGGCUUCGAAGCAGCGUGUGCCACGGUCAAAUGCUGACCACGUUUUGGCUACCGUUCAUUGCGGCUCGUCUGUGCCUGCACCGAGUACGUCACGUUCGGCACGAAAGCGCAACAUUUUCCCUACAAGUUCUCAGUCAGAUAAUGUCAAACCCGUCGAAGAAGUAUGUUGGUAUCACCGCCAAUACGGUGGAAGAGCUAGACGUUGUCGGGCUCCCUGCAUUAGGCACGACCCAGCUGCUUCAGGGAAAACGAAUAGCCCGCAUACUAGCACGACAAACGUAUCAUUCAAUAACCAAGCAAACCGACUGUUUUACGUUAAGGAUCGACGUUCUUCCAUCACAUUCCUCAUCGACACCGGAGCGGAAGUCAGCGUCAUCCCAGCGACCGCUAACGACAAGCACUCAGAGCCUACGUACAAUUUGCGUGCGGCCAACGGUUCUCCCAUAGCUUCAUUCGGUCAGCGCAUGAUGAACCUGGACCUCAAUCUUCGCCGAGACUUUCAGUGGGUCUUCAUGGUUGCGUCUGUACCCUUCGCAAUUAUCGGUAUCGACUUCCUCCGACAUUUUGGGUUGCUUGUUGAUGCUGGUCGCCACAGACUUUUAGACGACCGUACUAAACUAGGGGUUGAAGGCGUUCUUACGGACGCCCCGAUAAUCAGCCCCGUUUUUCGAAUCGCCGAUGUACCAUCAGGUUAUGCGAACCUACUGUCUGAGUACCCGCGACUGGUACGACCAGCUGCAGAGCUUCCGCCAGUCACGACAGAGGUCGCUCAUCACAUAGUCACGCGUGGUCAGCCAGUUAGCGCACGACCAAGACGGCUUGCUCCUGACAAACUACGCGCAGCACGAGCCGAAUUUGACCACAUGCUUCAACUCGGUAUCGCAGACCGUCCAACAGCCCAUGGGCGUCGCCUCUGCACAUGGUCCCGAAGAAGGUCAUGGGGGACUGGCGUCCUUGCGGCGACUAUCGAACCUUGAAUACGGUUACCAC